AUGUCCCGGCCGCAAAAACGCAAGCUCGCCUCCGGCGUGUCUGAGCCUAGGCCGAAGCGAUUCUCGUGGCGAGGCAAGGGUCCAGUCCCUCGGCCUACCCCAAGCGAGGAGACCCAGGCGCUCUACGAUAUCUGGCAGCAGGCCGAGCGUGAAGUGAACCUAGCAGACCUGCGGAGGUUGAACGAGCCACCGACCUUUGUCGGCCAUGACGAGUUUCUCCUCUCACCCUCGCAAGCAACUUCGAGAUCUCGUUCCCCUUCCUGCGCCAGCACCACUCACUCGGUCACAAAGGCGAUGAAUGGUGUCGACCUCAACCAACAAGGAUCGAAGUCCAAAAAGAAACGGGCCACGCGUACCAAACCGCUGAGCAAGCCUGCCAAGGCCAAAGCAGCGUUCAUACGAAAGCUGGGAGCUUGUGAGGACUGCAGGAAACGACGUGUCGGGUGCACUCGCGAACACUGGGAUCUUCAUCUCUUCGAGGAAGCAUGGAGGGUCAAAUACGGACCGUUGCCCGACGAGGAGGAUAUCAAGCCUACUCCGCUACCCGAAUUAGGCGUGGAAUAUUUCAAGACCGAGUUCCAACUCACCCGGAUUCUAACCCCCGAGGUCGCCGCCGCACCACCGCCUCCAGACCCGAGCAACCGGUACCAGGCUCGGUUCAGUGAACUGGAUGACCUUGCCGGUGUUGGAGGGCAGGUCGUCUCCGCUGCUGGCGCGCCGCUGGGACCGGUCGAUGAGGAGAUUGACAUCGACAAUAUGCUGCAGACAUUGCAGCAUGAGGACCACGAGGAGCCGCCGCUCAUCCCUGUCGAGUUUACCGACUUCUUUGACACCGACUUCGAUCUGGACUUUGGCGGCGCUGACAUUUUUCAACCAGCCCCCGAGACGAGCUUCAACCCCGAGCCCGCAGACGAUAGCUGGCUUGGAGACACAGAUUAUCAGUGUGUGCCUGUAGGCAAACAGACCUACAACUUUGUCGGACAGCUGCAGUUUGAAUGUCUCGGAGCCUCUGCCGCCGAGCAUGACGGUGUGGAAUUCCCUUGUGCGCAACGCUUCAACACGUUAGACUUGCUCAUCGAGCACUUCUACAGCGCGCAUUAUGUUUUUGAGAAUCACGAGGAGAGAGGAAGGUGCCUGAGCUGCUUGCUCGACUGGGAUCUUACCAGCGCCGAGGAGUUAACCGAGCCUUGCAAGCAGUGUGGCCAGGACCGGCACGAGAAGUGGUACUGGGGAUUCAUCAGCAAGGGCACACCGCCGAGCUUGACUUCGGGGACCACGUCGGUGAGGGUUGCCAGUCAAGACGGAUAUGGCUACGGGAUGCAGCAGGGAGGGUCGCCGUUUGGGAACCAGUCGACCGAUCUCUACGGCCAUGGCAGCGGGGGUGGGUAUGACUUUGGUGGAGGAUUCCUCUUUGGGGACUACGGGGACGGGCGCAAUCAGUACUACAAGGCGGCCCAGCACCUGACGAAGCAGCCGUACAAACCCACGAUCAACAGAGGCAGCAAAGCGAUGCCGGCUUUUGGGUCUAAUCCGGCUUCCUCUAUCUUCGUUGGAUUCUCCCUUCUUUCGGUCAUCGCCACACGCCUGUAUUUGGCCGUCGGAGCUCCCUAUCAGCCAGCCUCUUCAUUGACGGUGUCGAGCCUAAGUUGGUGGGCGGCUUUCGUCCCAGAGUUGUCGGUUGUUUGCAUCGCUGCCGGGUUGGUAGCGAUGUGGCUGUUUCGACAUGUUGUUCAGUAUCGGGAGGAUUCGCUGUAUGCUGCCCUGAGUAUAGCCAGAGCGGAGGCUCUUGAGGGUUCCGUGAGAGCUGCAGUUGCUGCUUAA